AUAUGGCGGACAAAGUGCGAAGGUCUGUCAUUUUGUACAAAAAUCUUGGACGGAUAAAUUACAAAGAGGGUUUAGCAACUAUGAAAAACCUCACUAAACUGCAUAUGAAGUCAACGGAGAGUAAAUUACAAGCACCCAACACGUUAUUAAUUUGCGAACAUUUCCCAGUAUAUACCACUGGAAUUCGAGACAAAAGUGUCAAAGAUAUAGACUAUCUAGAGAGACUUGGUGCGGAAUUCCAGUAUACAGACCGCGGUGGACUAAUAACAUUUCACGGCCCAGGACAAUUGAUGUGUUACCCCAUCUUAAACUUGGAACAUUUCACCAAAAAUGUACAGUGUUAUAAUAAGCAGUUGGAGGAAGUUGGUAUUAGAACAUGCAAGAAAUUUGGCGUCGUUGCAAAAAGAACUGCUGAUCCCGGUGUUUGGGUUGAUGAUAGUAAAAUUGCUGCAAUUGGGUUCCAUGUCAGUCGAUGGGUAACCUCUCAUGGUUUAGCUUUGAACUGUAAUGUUGAUCUUAGUUGGUUUGACCAUAUUGUCCCAUGUGGUUUAGUUGGAAAAGGUGUUACCUCACUCUCUGUGGAGACUUGGAAAAAUAUCAGUGUUGAACAAGCUACUACUCCUUUCAUAGAAUCAUUUCAGGAAGUGUUUAAUUGUGAGAUAACACAAGUUGACUCACAUCAUGAAACAGAAAUGAAAAAUUGUGAAAAAUUUUAAAUUAUUGAAUUAAACUU